CACUUUGUAAAAAUGGUAUGCAUGCUAUGCCAAGUUCUAUGUGAGGAAUUUCUCCCUUGCCUAUUUUCAUCACCUACCCUUUGUGAAUCUGGACAAGGUCUGGCUGAUAGGCGCGCACAGCGCAUAUGAAUGGCCGAAAUAUCGAUCGAUCAUGACGAAAUCCCACCCCUCAAUCAACUUUUCGGCGUUCGCGGCGGAGGAACAUGGCCGCCAACGGAGGACUUGUUCUUCCCGACGCCGAAACCCAUUCUAAUCGAGAAGACAUCGUCCGUGGCUCCGUCGAUUUCAAAGGCCGACCCGCAACCCGAUUCAGAACGGGCCGAUGGAGAUCCGCAUCCUUCAUCAUCGGAGUUGAAGUGGCGGAGAGGUUUGCCUAUUAUGGGAUAGGGGCGAACCUCAUAAGCUAUCUGACCGGGCAUCUAGGUCAAUCGACGGCGACUGCCGCUGCUAAUGUGAACGCCUGGUCGGGAACGGCCUCUCUUUUGCCCCUCUUAGGGGGUUUCGUUGCGGACUCGUUCCUUGGCCGGUACCGGACAAUUGUCAUCUCCUCCCUGCUGUAUGCCCUGGGGCUGGGCUUCUUAACUAUCUCUGCUGUCAUUCAUUUUGGGUCUUCUGACUGUCAACAUGCUCCAAAGUUAGGUGCCUGUCCUCCUCCUACGUUCCAAGUUAUCUUCUUCUUCUUUUCUCUAUAUCUGGUGGCACUAGCACAAGGUGGACACAAGCCUUGUGCCCAAGCUUUUGGGGCUGACCAGUUUGACAGUCAAGACCCGCUAGAGUGUAAAGCCAAAAGCUCUUUCUUCAACUGGUGGUAUUUUGGCUCGUGCUUUGGUGUUAUGUUUACACUAUGGAUUCUGAAUUACAUUCAGGACAACCUAAGUUGGGUUCUUGGGUUUGGAAUCCCUUGUAUCAUUAUGGGUGUUGCUCUUGUUGUCUUCUUGAUUGGAACCUUUACUUAUCGUUUCCGUCAAGACAAUGAUGAGAAAAAUCCCUUUGUGAAAAUUGGCCGUGUGUUUGUCAAUGCAUAUAGGAAUCGCAAGACCAAAUUUACAUCCAUAUCAUUGGAACAAGAGAACCAGGGAAUUCAGCCUAGUGAAGGCUCUCAGCAGUUCAAGUUCCUUAACAAGGCACUGUUGGCUCCCAAUGGUUCAGAGGAUGGAAAAGUGUGUAGUAUCAGUGAGGUUAAUGACGCUAAGGUCAUUCUCAGACUUGCUCCAAUAUGGGUGGCGUGUUUAGUGUAUGGCAUUGUGUUUUCACAAUCAUCCACCUUAUUCACAAAGCAAGGAGCUACAAUGAACAGAUCCGUUGGAUCAAAUCUUGAAGUGCCUGCUGCUACACUGCAAACCUUCGUUAGCCUUUCUGUUGUCAUCUUUAUUCCUAUAUAUGACUGGCUUUUUGUUCCUAUUAUGAGAGCUGUGACUGGGAAACCCUCUGGAAUAACAAUGCUUCAAAGAAUGGGAACUGGAAUAUUUUUAUCUGCUCUCUCAAUGGUGGUUGCAGCCGUAGUGGAGAAGAAACGUCUUCAAACUGCUUUGGACUUUGGAUUGUUUGACAAGCCCAAGGCAACUGUUCCCAUGAGUGUUUGGUGGCUGGUUCCUCAGUAUGUGAUGUUUGGCAUUUCAGAUGUAUUCACCAUGGUUGGGUUGCAAGAGUUUUUCUAUGAUCAGGCGCCCAAGGAAUUGAAAAGCAUAGGUCUUUCUUUGUACCUCAGUAUAUUUGGCAUUGGCAGCUUCUUAAGCAGUUUUCUCAUCUCUAUCGUUGAACAAGCCACUCGAAAAGAUGGAGAAAGUUGGUUUUCAGACAACAUGAACAAGGCACAUCUCGACUAUUUCUAUUGGCUUCUUGCCGGUCUUUCUGCACUAUCAUUUUUGGCUUACCUAUAUGUUUCAAGAUCAUAUAUCUACAAUAGAGCCAAUGCCAUAUAACAGGAGUGUGGGGUGAACCAUUGCUUACAUCGAAUUAUUUCCAUUUCAUGUGAAGUCCCAAUUCAACUGUUGUUAAAGAACCGGCUUGGUAAUGUACUUUUCGGCUUAUGAAUUUGUACUCAAAUUUUGUUUAUUUAGAACUUUAUCUUAUAGUGUCUACUCAAUUGAGUUAUACUCCGUAAUAGAAAAAACAUGACAAUGUGAAAGCUACCCUUUAUGCUAAACUUCGUAUAAAUAAAUAGACAUUUGUUUU